AUCAACACCAACAGAAACCCUUACACCAGUCAUCGCAGGCCACACAUUUAUUCUCAGCGCGUAAAAGGUUGAUUAAGUUGAACCCUUGCUUGCAUAUUCACGCGUCGCUGCAGAACCUCAUUCAUACCGAGUAUGUCGUCUACCACUGGUACGAUGCGGGGGACUCCCUCGAGGAGUGGAGCUGCUCGAGGAGCCAUGCCUCAGUUUACAAACAGUCCUUCCUCCGGAAUCCCGAGACCCCUAGAGAACCAUGGCAGCUCAACCCUUCAGAGCGAGGCUGGAGGCUCUUCAGUGAGCACCAGCAGGCAGAAGCAGUCGAAGAGAGAUGAGGCUAUCCGAAGAAAAAUCGAGACCGACCUCAGCAAGAAGACGAAGACCACCGGCCGUGCGAGACAAUCGAAGAGAGCUCCCCCGGGAACUGUCAUGGCCCUGAGGCCCAGCCAGGCCCUUCAAAUCAAGCCAAAUACAACUGUUGCCGAGGCUGCUCAAUUGAUGGCGGCAAAGAGAGAGGACUGCGUACUGGUCACCGAUGAUGAUGACCGCAUUGCCGGUAUCUUCACUGCAAAGGAUCUUGCAUACAGGGUUGUUGCAGCUGGUAUCAAAGCCAACAACAUCACAAUCGCUGAGAUCAUGACCAAGAACCCGCUCUGUGCCCGCACCGACACAAGCGCAACCGACGCCCUCGACCUCAUGGUCCGCAAGGGAUUCCGCCACUUGCCAGUUAUGGAUGAGAACCAGGACAUCUCUGGUAUCUUGGAUAUCACCAAGUGCUUCUACGAUGCUAUGGAGAAAUUGGAGAGGGCAUAUAGCUCUUCCCGCAAGCUUUACGACGCUUUGGAAGGUGUUCAAUCUGAGCUUGGGUCCAGCCAGCCGCAACAAAUCAUACAAUACGUUGAGGCUCUACGCUUGAAGAUGUCUGGGCCGACCCUAGAGUCUGUCCUGGAUGGCCGCCCUCCGACUACCGUCUCCGUCCGCACUUCCGUGAAGGAGGCGGCCAUGUUGAUGAAGGAGAACCAUACCACAGCCGUCUUGGUCCAGGACCAGGGUGCCAUCACCGGUAUCUUCACAAGCAAGGAUGUCGUCCUUCGUGUCAUUGCUCCUGGAAUGGACCCCGCCAACUGCAGCGUCGUCAGAGUGAUGACUCCUCACCCGGAUUUCGCUCCGAUGGAGAUGACCAUCCAAGCUGCAUUGAGGAAGAUGCAUGAUGGUCACUACUUGAACCUGCCAGUCAUGAACGAUGGCGGCGAAAUCGUUGGAAUGGUUGACGUCUUGAAGCUUACAUACGCCACAUUGGAGCAGAUCAACACCAUCUCUACAGGAGACAGCGAAGGCCCUGCCUGGAACAAGUUCUGGUUAUCGUUGGAUAAUGAUACGGAAUCUAUGAUGUCAGGAGAGGGCAGCCAUCACCAGGUUGCUAGCAGGUCUCUCAUGUCCCCGGACCACUCGAAGCACGGUGGAAUGAUGGAUACCAGCGUUGCCCCUGGCGAUUCUGCAUCCCACACCGGAGCCGAGUCUCCUGUUAGGCACCUGGAGGAGCCUGCAAUUCCGGUCGAGGAUAUUCCAUUCCCGUUCAAGUUCAAGGCACCAAGUGGCCGUGUCCACAGGCUUCACAUCACUGCGUCCAACGGCUUGGCAGAGCUGAUCGCCCUGGUCACAGCUAAACUGGGUGCUGAGGUUGAGGCUGUUGGAGGAGCAGCGACUUUUGAGGAUGACAAAUUGGGGGCUUCUGGCUUUGCACUGAGCUACCUUGACGAUGAGGGAGACACUGUUUCCAUCACCACUGACCACGAUCUCAAGGAGGCCAUUGUCAUCGCCAGACAAGGCGGACGCGACAAGGUUGACUUGUUUGUUCACGAUCCCGAGAAGCCAGCCAUCACGGUUACUGUCGAACCAGUCCCUGUCAUCGCUGAACUACCCACACCACCAAUGUCAACUGUCCGCAGGAGACGCGAGCGCGUCAUCUCGGAAGAAGACGAGGAGGAGAGCGACGAAGAGGACCAUCACCGCCUUCACUCGCGCAGCCGGAGACAACAACCGGUUAUGCAGGAGGCCCCUCAGAUCAUCGCCGGUGUACCGAAUGAUCUGUUGCUGCCGGGUGCGAUUGUUACUCUUGCAGUUGCCAUCAUUGGUGUUUUCGCGAUCACCAAGGCGACCAGCAGGUAAUAGUAAGGAGAGAUGUUUAGAUUUCAGCGGUAUUUUUACGCCUUCAUGAUGUACCUAGCGUUAGCAGUAAUGAUGCGGGCUUUGUAGUGGCCCAAUCCAUAAUUUUUUCGGAG